UCUCUGAGGCGGUCUCCGCACACCGGCGCUUUAGUCAGCGUCUACUGCGAGGCCGCCAUGGCGCUGAGCGGCGGCUGGUGGGGCCGGGCUGUGGCGCGGGCGAGGGGGGCGAGCGGCUUGCUAAAGGGCGAGGCCUGGCCGUGGAGGGCGAGGGCGGCCAGGUACAGCUCCGGGCGAGGGCCGGGGCCGCCCGCGGUGACGGAGCUGGACAAGGCGGACGCCUGGCUCCUCAGGAAGGCUCACGAGACCGGGUUUCUUUCUUGGUUCCGGAAUGGCUUACUGGCUACUGGCGUCGGAGUGAUUUCUUACGUGCAGAGUGACAUGGGGCGUGAAGCUGCGUAUGGCUUCUUCAUCCUUGGUGGGAUCUGUGUCUCCUACGGCAGCGCCUCCUACCUCGUCAGCCUCUUCCUCCUCCGCCGCACCAUGAUGCUGUCCGUCUCCACAGCCCUCCUCAACUGCGCCGCCGUCACCACUGUGGCCCUCUUCUGGCUGUGCGCCAUCUCCCUCUACAUCGGCCGCCUGGAGGUGGAGAUCAUCCAGGAUGACGGCGCCAGUGACAAGUGCCAGGAGAAGAAAAAGGAGGAUGGGAAGUCGGACAAGUGAGGAGCAACUGGGGCCAACGGCCUCUCGGAACGUGCUUCCAUCGCCUGCUGCGGACCGAUUCUUCAGCCCUUCCCCGUGGCACGCUCGGGCCUCUCUGCCUGCUGAGCCGAGUGGCGAGGAAGGAAAGUGGGGGAUUCUUGCAAACGAGACACACGAACAUGUUGGCUGCUUCCUAUUUAUUUUUGGAUCUUUCGGACUGGUCUUUGGGAAUGGACCGUGGGGAAAGAUGGUGGACCGGAGGGUGCCAGGCUCCCCCGCUGGGGGCUUGGCGUUCUUUUUACACCGGGACCUCUGGCCGCUUUCGCAAAUGAGCAUCCUGCUGAAAUCAUUCUCUCCCCGACCCUCCCCCCCCCCUCCCGCUGCCCCGUCCCAAUUCACACAGGCCUCCCAAGUUCUAAAGCCACGCUCGGCUAGAAGGAACCCGGAUGCGAUCUGUUGCAUCCGCUGCUUCUUUGGGGCUUGCUACUGCCCUUUCUGUCGUCGCUUACGCUCCAGAAUUAUCCUACCAUAUCCAAAGUGUAUCUUUUUUUUUUCCUUUUGCCACUGGGUAACCUUAUUCAGUUAACAUUUGUAUUAAAAGACCGCCCAAGCAAGCUUUUAA